AUGAACGAAUGCCAAGCCUUCGUCCAUGCCGAUCGCACCCUGCCCCAAAAAGCAGGGAAUCAUGAUGGAUCAUCGUGGAUCUCCGGUCACCGUAAAAGUCCCACCCCAACCGGCACAGGGGGCGGCCUCUUUUCGGGGCGCCUGACCGCUGCGCCCCGGCCGCAGGUGGCCGACGCUGUCUACUGCUUCUGGCAGCAGCGACAGAGUGGGCAGAUCUUCGGCGCAGCCAAGAUGAUCCAGCAGGCUGCCUUGUUCCAGCUGCUUUGCAUGGGCUGUGGACCUUGGUGGCCAUUGCCCUUUGCCUUGGAGGAUGUGUGGUUGAACUACUUCCUGGCAGUUCAGCUGGCAGUGCAAGUCAUGGAGACGGCCAAAGCAAGCCACCCUCGAGCAGAAGGAGCGGAAGGAGUUCCGCCCAUGAGGAAACUGCGUCACCUCCUCCAGGCGCCCCUCUGGCAGGCCCAGGCAGCCGACGCCUUCUCCGCCGCGGGGCCUCCGCGGGAUUCUUCGGAGCUGCUGGGGCCGCAGGCGGAAGCGACGCCAGGCUGGCACUUGUGUCCCCUGGAGCUGGGAGCUUCCCGGUUGAGCUCGAGCUCUGGACCUGGGCGCUUCUUUGAGGUGUCCCGAGUCCGGGGCGGGCGCCUGAGGCUUCAGGCCUGUCAGUCUGGCGUGGUGUAUGAGAUCCCAACAAGGCUGCAGCGGCACAUGCGCCGCGGUGACGGCCCUCCUUCACGCGACCUCGGUCGCCUGUUGGUGUUGCCACUCUCAGACCUGUCCUUCCACCUCUCCGUAGCCGUGCGGACCUGGUUUGGAGGUGCGUUGCUGCUGGUGCACCACUUCUUGGGUGGGCCCAAGAACGUGACCAUCUUGCUGGCGGAUCACUGCGAGGUGAAAGACGGAUUGAACCUUUCGAGGGCUCAGCGCUAUGGAGGCAAUCAUGGCGGCUUUGGCGUACGGCAGCGUUUGGGCAAGCUGGGACCGCUUUUCUCUGGCUUGUCAAGCGUACCUCCGAUCUGGCUGUCGGGAGGGGAGCGCGUUCGCGGCGUGGAACUGAGCUUCAGCUCGACGGUUUGGGGCUUUCCGCCAGUGGGCACGGCCCAUGGCCGCCGGUCUGAGUACGACUGCAGUGGCCGCUUUUGCUUUGGCCUCCGACGUCUCUCGGCCUCCAACAACCCGGUGAUCACGUUACGUUCGCCCCUGGACCAAUGGCUGACACCGCCCAGGGCCACCUCUGACGCCGAUGGGCCAUUGAAGCUUUUCCUGGUGCAACGUUCGCGUGACCUGUCCCGACGUCUGGUGGCACCGGAACGUUUGGUGAAGCUCUGGUCGAGCCCGCGGCGUGGGCGCCCGUUCGGACGUGUUCGGAGCGUCCUUUGGCGCCCCGAGACGCAAAGCAUUCUGGCGCAGGCACGAACACUGGCCCAUGCCGAUAUGCUGGUGGCGGUCACCGGACAGGCCUGCGGCUUGGGUGUCUUCCUGCGCCGGAAACGCAUCUUAUUGGAGUUCUCGCCGGCCCUGGCGGGGUCCUAUGGCUGCCGUUGGGGAUGGGAUAUGAACCCCACCACUGAGGUCGGGCAAAUUGCCCGUUUGGGAGAACUCCAUCACCACUGCGUCAUGGCCGCGGCCGUGGGGGUGGCUGCAGGGACGCCCGCCGACGCCCAGAGGAGCGCGCUGCUGGCAUUAGCCGCACGGAGUGCAGGAGACCUCCACACGCGGGCGGAAGCGAGCUUGACAUGGCGGACGGCAGCCAAGGUCAUUGCUCCGACCGGAAGGCUCCGACGAGUCUUGCAGCAAGCGGCGGAGCUAGUACGGCGCCAGCGGAGACUCGAAGCUGCGGAAAAGACGGAAAAGGAUGGAGUUCAGAUGGAUUGUAUUUUGAUGCAUGUACUCCUUCAGAUGGGCAUUACACCUUUGACCUUUGACGGCUAUGCGAUCAAGAGCGUCAAGCUGCACCAAGCUCAGCAGCACCAGCUCGCCCGCGUGCUUUUACUUCCACAGGGACUCCACCAAGGAUCGCCGGUGGGCCAGAACGAGGUCUUUUGCCCAAAGUGUGGCAACGACACGGUGGUGCGAGUUCCCAUCCUCGUGGAUCAGGCAAAUACGUGGGUCCCCCGGGAGUCCCCCGACAAGGAAGGGCGAAGGUCGAUCUUUGUCCCCCGCCAGGAUGGGGUGCCGACGGUGCUCAACUCCGGACGCAAGUUGAGGACGAAAGGCACCGUCUUUUCCAUGCCCAAGCCGCAGGGCGGACGGGUGUGGAAGCCGAUCUUCGCCGAGGACGUUGGAGCGGAUGGGUGGUUCCAGCCUCAGCAGCAGCCAGCGGAUCGUGGCCGGGCCCGCCCAGCCUUGGGCGGCGAACGCCGGGCGCCGCAGCAGCUGUCCGAGGAGCUGUUUGGGACUGGCGACCGAUCGGUUGACGCGCGCCGAGACUGGCCACCCUCCACGCCCCUCACCGACUCGGACGACGAGUUUCACAUCGAGUCCUGCUCGCCCCUGGCGUAUCGUGCCCGGAGCCGCUUCAUCCAACGCAAUGGCCGCCGCCGGCUCCGGCGCACGGUCGACGUGAUGAUCGAGGAGAGCCGGAUUCGGAUGCUGGAGCUGAAGGUGGAGCCGCGUCUCCGUGAGCAGUUCCAGCCAAUCCAUCUGGCUGCGCAUUUGGGAGACCAUCAAGCGCUUUGCUUUCUGCUCCUGGACGGUGCUGAUGUCGAGCAGAAGACCUCCAAAGGCAAGUCAGCCUUGGAUCUUGCUCAAGCUGCGAACCAGCAGGGUUCUCACGACCAGGUGAUUUCCAUGCUGACCCUGCGGGCCUUGCCUAGCUGGGAAGAUCGCCUGCUCGAGCAAUUGGAUGUUAGCAGAUGA